GUAGAAGUGAUUAACAGCGAUCGAGACAAACAAACUGGCUCAAGCCCUAACCCUUGCUGUUCAAAUGAGCAAUUUAAAAUAAAACGUUACCGCGUCUAGAGGAAAAUCCGCAGCGAAACUACAACACCUGGUUGGAAUGAUGCACUUACUGAAUGCAUUACUUAUUUGAAUGCAUCAACAGCUUGCGUCAACUUGGAUACCAGCGAUAUAUACUGACGUCUUCGCCCCCAGAACCGCUAAUUUCGCCCCCAUUUCAGACUGAUGGCUCAGCAGGAAUACAAGCUUCUUAGCGAUGCCUUGUUCACGUACAAGGGAACCGUCUUCUUUAAUACUGACACUUAUAAAUCUACUCCGGAAUAUAUUGACAGCUUGGAAAACUUUGAGAUCAGAGACCGUGACGUUUUUCUUGUCACUUACCCAAAAUCUGGCACAGUAUGGACCCAGCGCAUUGUUACCUUGCUGUAUGACGAGGACUUCCCAGACUCUGUGGACAAGAUCACAUUUGAGCGCAUGCCCUGGGUGGAGAUCUUGGUUAAAGGUAUGGACUACACCAAACGGCCAUCACCCAGGCUGUUCUGCUCCCAUCUGCAGGAGCACCUGGUACCCAGAGGCCUGCAGGAGAAGAAGGCCAAAGUCAUCUACGUCUUCAGGAACCCCAAAGAUGUCCUCAUUUCUUGCUUUCAUUUCACAAACUGCAUGCACAGACUGGAGACACACAAAGACCUGGAUGAAACGCUGGAUAAGUUUUUCACCGGUUGGAUGGUUGGUGGUUGCUGGUUUGAUCACGUCAAGGGAUGGUACAACAACAGAGACAAGUACAACAUCCUCUUUCUAAGCUAUGAAGAGAUGAUCAAGGAUCUGAGAUCUGUUGUUGUGAGGAUCAGUGAAUUUGUGGGGAAAAAUAUGUCUGACGCAGCAAUUGACAAAAUAGUGAAGCGGGUCUCCUUUAAGGAGAUGAAGGUCGAUCCUUUGGCAAACUAUGAAUUCGUGGGGAAAUUCCUGCGCAAAGGUACAAUUGGGGACUGGAAGAACAACCUUACGGUGGCUCAGAGUGAACGCUUCGACAAAAUCUUCCAGGAGAGGAUGAAGGACUUCCCUCUGACCUUCGUCUGGGACAUCAGUGAGCUCCGUGGCUGAUGUUUCAGAUGUCAUCUAUAAACUGGACAGAGUACACAGUGAGGUCUGUGAGUAUCUGGAUAGUGACACAACUUAUGUUGUUUUGACUCUGUACUCCAGCACAGACUGCCACCCUUAAUUUGAGGGUGCAUAUUGGGUGACCUGCUCCAAGGAAGCGGUUGAAUAGGGGAGAGUGGGGCAUAUUGUUACAGUUGUCACUCUUCCCUACAUUUCUGGGGCACAAUACAUCACAAUGGAAUAAAUAUAAUACCAAAUGACAGUCUCAGGCACAUACAGGUAAGUGGAGGAAGUGCACUUGCAACAUAAGUUGUCACACUUUGUGGGGUAAGUUGUCAUUGUGAAUUUUCUUCUUACUUUUUUAUUCAAAGCCAAAUAUAACUUCAUCAAAGGACCAGUGGUGUGGGGCAGCAUUGAUCCCCAAAUAUUUACUUUGCCCCCCCCCCCCCCCAAAUAUCAAAAUGAUUUUUGAGCAUGUGUCAAUUUACAGUGCAGAAAAUUUACACCAUUUGCCCCAAAACUGACAUGUGUAACAUUGGACACUUUAUUCUCUCCUCUACUUAAAUACAAUACAAAAUAUAAUUUUUAACAUUUGUACCCAAAAAAGUUUUAUUACAUAAAAUGUGAAGUGCCAUUUCUUUUUUUACUUUUGAAGUUGAAACAUAAGAGUGUGAUUUUUAACCACAUGUAAACGGUCAGACACAAAUCUUGGGGUAGUGCCUAUUGUUUUGGAGAAAUUCAUCUUUUUGAUUAACUUACCCAUGUGACAACUUAACCCACUCUCCCCUACACCUCAAUAAUCAGAAACGGCAGAGAAGCUAACUGUUCAAUAACUUUUGGCCCCAUAAAAUGGUGGGACAAUGUAUAUAUAAAAAGGGAUGUAAUUUCUAUAAGGAUCACCUGAUAUGGAUUUAAACGUGGUCACAUUAAAGGUGACAGUCUGAACUUAGUUGUUUGAUUUGAAAUCCAAUGUGCUGGACCACAUAGCCAAAACAAGGUAAAACAGUAAUUGUGUCACUAUCCAGAUACUUACGGACCUCCCUACAUGUCUGUGUUGCAUAGUGACUCGACGUUCUUCAUUUUGUCAUUUAAGAAGGCAUUCUUUAAUUUUCAAUUCAGAAAAAUAGGAUAAGCGAGCAUAUAGUACAGAGAUUUUUGGGGAAGUUAUGGAUUGUGGCCAAUAACAUUUUACUGGUAAAUGUUAUGCUAUAAAAUGGAAUAUUCAGUGGCAUGCAUGUUGUGUAAAACCAAUACAGGGCAUAGUUCUCAGAAGUUUCAUAAUUUCAGGGGGAUUUAAAUAAAAAAAUUAACAAUCAACUGUGUUUGAAAUUCAAAAUUGCAAACAUGCAAAAUUAUGUUAAAUGUGUUUUUUCAAUAUUCAGAAAUUUUACAGUUACAGAAGUGUCGACUAGAGUGGA